GGGAGCAGAUAGCCAGAGAAGGUCAGAAACUCAGAGGCUCAGAGCAAGUGCGCGCGUGUCGUGUCGUGUCCUCGCGUGAAAACCAAGCGGUGUUCUGCUCGCCGAGGAGAGGGAGAGGGAGGGGAGAGGGAGAGAUGGCGGCGGCGGCCUCAGCGGCGCAGGUGGAGGACUCGGUGAUCGCGAUCCACAGCCUUGAGGAGUGGACCAUCCAGAUCGAGGCGGCCAACAGCGCCAAGAAGCUGGUUGUGAUUGACUUCACUGCGGCAUGGUGUGGACCAUGCCGCAUCAUCGGUCCAGUUUUCGCUGAUCUUGCAAAGAAGCAUCCAGGUGUUGUUUUUCUGAAGGUUGAUGUUGAUGAACUGAAGCCUAUUGCUGAGCAAUUCAGUGUUGAGGCUAUGCCAACAUUCCUGUUUAUGAAGGAGGGUGAUGUUAAAGACAGGGUUGUCGGCGCUAUGAAGGAUGAACUGACAAGCAAGCUUGAGCUACAUGCAGCCCAGUAGUGCUAUAGUGAAUUAGUACCGAUCUCCUAAAUAAAUGGGCCUUCAGGCUCUGAAAGGAUUAGUGCCUUUAUGCUGCUCUCAAUAUGCUUCUAGUAUUAAGCACUGUUCUUACCGGUGUCUAGUUCAUCGAUAAUCCCUUUGCUUGAUCCAAGCUUGUGCUUUGAGUCUUCCCAACAAAAUAAUAGAGUGUUUUGCAUAUGCUUUCUUUCAGGUGAGAUGUCAGAAUGUUGGGUCCUUGGGAGUUGUUUAACUUUCAUGACUAGUAAAGAACAAUUGUUAUUUUGUACUGAGUCCAUCACCGUUCUAGUGAUUGGCCAAAUCCUUGUUGACUUGCAAAA